UUACAAGAAUAAUCUAUUGUGAUUGGUCUAUUUUUAUUCUUAUUGCCUGUUGCCUGGCAUUGUGCAAAGGGCUUAACAAUUGUUAACAAUUCUGCCCAGAGCCAUUUAUUGAAUCAGAAUCAGAAUCAGAAAUAUUGAUCAGUGUUUAUUCAACUGUGAAUUUUGUCGCAGUUAUUUCUAAGCAGUUAGAAUAAUUAAGACGCAUAGUUUAUUACUUUUCUUAGAUUUAUUCAGCAUUUAGAAGAUUCUGAAUUUGUAUCUCUUGAAACUAAAAAUGUUGCAAGCAUGCAGAAAUGUUGGACAGAUGUUGCUUUCAACAUUGAAAUCCAUAUCAGUUACACAAACAGCCAGUUUAAAGGUUUUUCCUCCUCCUAACGAAUUUAGUGAGAUUGAAUAUCCUGAACGGCGAAGGCUGAAAAUAAUGGAGCAAAUUCCUCAAUUUCCAUCAGGAAUACGUCCUCCUAAAAUGCAAAAGCGUUUGAGAUAUAUGAGAGGACCAGAGAACGUGCAUAAUUUUCUCUUAUAUAGACAGUAUGGUAUCAUAGCUAUUAGAGGAGGCAGGUUAAAACAUAAUCACUUUGAGAUGAUACGUAUGAAGUUGCUCAGAAAUAUUGACCAAAGUAAAAUGUUUGGAAUUUGGCGAGUAGAUGCACCAUGGCAGCCAAUUUCGAAGAAGGGGCAAGGACAUCGAAUGGGUGGUGGUAAGGGUGCUAUCCAUCACUAUGCUACUCCAGUUAAAGCAGGCCGCGUCAUUAUAGAAGUUGGCGGUGAUUGUGAAUAUUUCGAGGUAAAGAGAAUGUUAGAGCGAAUAGCAUCCAUACUUCCAUUCAAAGCUAUGGCUGUCAGUCAACAAAUGUUGGACAGGAGAGCAGUCAAAGAACAGUGGUUAGGAAACAACAAUCAACAUUUAUGGACUUGGAAAUAUAUGGUACAAAACAAUAUGAUUGGUUGUCACAAAUGGAUAUCACCAUUUGAUAAAAAAUGGUUUAAUAAGUAUUUGUAAACAAUUAAAUACAAUUGUAAAUAAUGAAUGCAUUUACAUGCAAUCAGAAAAAAAUAAUUAUUCGAGGUAUUUUUUAGUGUAUAUUGCUAAGGAAUAUUAAAAAUAUUCCUUCAUCUUUCAUGGUUGACGCAAAUAACUAACUAAUAAAUAACUAACAAGUAAAGGUGCCCAACUGUCACUCACCGAUUGUGAUGAAACUUUGCCCACUUAUAGUGCUAUGGAAAAUAAUCGACACGUAUCUUUUUUAUCUCUGGAGAAGCAGUUUUAAGGGUGGAAAUUACCCCUUAUUUAUAUAGAGUGUUUUCGCGUUAGAAGUGCUAUCUUGUUGUUUAUUCGAAAGGCUGAAAGGUUUCAUGGGAUUUUUGGGGUCGUUAAAUUCGAAUCUGACGUGAAAUUCAAAAUUACAAAAUGGUGGAUCAAAUAUGGCGUCUAUGUCUCGUGAGUGAGACCAUUUUUUCCAUGUAAAAUAAAAUGAUGACGAAAAUCACGAUUUUUUUAGGUUUUCGAGGUCGCUCAAUGAAUAAUGAAAUACUGAAAUAUAUGGAACAUUUAUUUUCAAUAGAUUCAUUUAAUGUUAGGUGAAAUAACAGCAAAUUCCAUAUAAGUUGCCUGAAGACAUUUUAUAUGCACGCAUAAAAACAAAUGACAAACAGUAAUACUAAAAAUAGUGAAAACAAUAUGAUUUCCCCUAUAUAUGUAAAAAAAUCGUAAUUUUCGUCAUCAUUUUAAUUUAUAUGGAAAAAAUGGUCCCACUCACGAGACAUAGACGCCAUAUUUGAUCCACCAUUUUGUAAUUUUGAAUUUCACGUCAGAUUCGAAUUUAACGACCCCAAAAAUCCCAUGAAACCUUUCAGCCUUUCGAAUAAACAAGAUAGCACUUCUAACGCGAAAACACUCUAUAUAAAUAAGGGGUAGUUUCCACCCUUAAAACUGCUUCUCCGCAGAUAAAAAAAAUACAUGUCGAUUAUUUUCCAUAGCACUAUAAGUGGGCAAAGUUUCAUCACAAUCGGUGAGUAACAGUUGGGCACCUUUACUUGUAAGUAUGAGAUAACAAUAUAUAAUGAGAUAGUUUAAAUUUAGAGUCACAAUGACUGAGAUUCCUAUACAAAUUUUAAUCUAGAUUUAAAAUAAUUAAACUCUUCAAAAACCAUGACAACGUGCGACUCCCAUUUAUUGCGAAAUUGAAAGCGAUAGAUCAAGAUUAAUCGAUACGAAAAUAAUGGAUCAUCAGAUAUAAAUUAAUUAACUAUUUGCAAUAAGCUAGGUUCGAAGUAAUAAUAAACUGCGUAAACCACAAGACAAAAGAAUGUGGUAUCGCGAUACGAACAAUUCCGAAUUUUUAUAAUACGACGAACGUAAAAUAAACUUACUCUUUCAUAAUAUCCUGACCUCAAACGGUUCCUGAUGUUUUUGAUACUUCUCUUUACAAAAUAUAUCCUUGGACACUUAAUAUGUUCGCGAAAAUCAAUAAAUCCAUUGGUUUAUUUUAAAGGACGCACAAUUUAUUUUUUAAUAUAUUGCUUCUUUGCGUUUGUUUUAU